AUUUUUAAACCGACCGAACCGAACGAAGAUUUCUUUUGACCAUUGCCAUCGUCAGGACGAAAGAAUCGCCACUUAAAUCAUCUGGAUCGCCGAUCCUGUCGUCAGUCAGUCUACUUAUUAAGAAACUGCUGAUCUCGUGGGAUCUCAGGGGUCCAGGAAGCUCCUGAAAACUGUCAGUCAGAGCCUGGGUUACAACUUCGCCUCAAGAGGGUAUGACGGUAGUUCUGCACCCUGCCACCCCCACAGAUGGGACUGUGGAGCAGAAGAAGGUGUCCUCCAGGAAUUGGUUGAACGCAAAGCCCACGUGGACUGUCUACAUCGUCCUCCUGUUCCUGUUAUCUACCGUUAGCUCCAAUCCGAUCCAUGCAAGGACCACCUCCCCCCCCUCCACCAGUGCCCACCCUCACACUCCCCACGGGGGCGACAUUGGCUCAGGAGGGCAGUGUGCACUCUGCCUGGACCCAGAAUGCGCAACACAUAUCGUCAGAAUAUGCAACGGUGAUGACUUAUUCAUAUGGAAGAACGGAAUGCUGGGAAUUGAAAACUGCUGCAAGGACAACCUGAAGCCAGAUGAGCCGUGUCAGCUGACAAACGGAAGCCUUGUGGUGCAGUCUGACCAGCCCCUUUCCUUUGAAGGGAAUGACAGCCUUUCAGGUGGCAUGAAGGCUUUCCCCACCGAGACUGUAUCAGGUAAGAGCAGUCAGAGGGUUGCCGGUUCGAUCCCGCCUGGGUUUGUCGAAGUGUCCCUGAACAAAACACCUAACCCUCAAACGCUCCCGACAAGCUGGUUGCCUGCGCUGGUCUUGACCUGCCUCCUGGACCCAAGUCUCUCCCCGGUCGUGCUGCAAUUAUUGGGGGCAUUUUCGGAGGUGUUGCCAUCGGUGUCGUUAUCGUUAUCAUGGUACGGAAGUAUGGGAAAAAAAGACGGGACAGGACAGGUCCUCAGAACGCUGCGCCUCCUGAUGGGAACACCGAGAACGAGAACGAGAUGAGUCCUCUUCAAGGUCAAGCAAAUGGAAAUGUCACUCAGGGGCCUGGAAACAUCUGAGGGCAUGGAGUUGGACUCCCCUUCUCUAUUGUCGUCUUCUCUGCCCACAUCUGAGAAUGGAGGAUUUAAUGGCAGGGGGUUACGAUAGUAUCCUUCACUGCCUGCCCACGGGUCAUUAAUUUGGGUCGUCCACAUGUCGUGAGCCACGGACCCCUUGCCGAGCUCAGACCUCACGUUCCCACGAGCAGUACCCCACGAGGAGGUGUCUCGGGGACGAACUCAAGUACUCCGAACGUUCUGGAGCCCUGGUAAGUUCUACUGAACUUCCAGCCCAGUCUCAAAGUGAAGGGUGUGAUGCAAAUACAUACAUAAACAUAUAUAAAGGAAACUUGCAUAACUAAUCAACGCUAAUCAACGCUGCGCCUCCUGAUGGGAACACCGAGAACGAGAACGAGAUGAGUCCUCUUCAAGGUCAAGCAAAUGGAAAUGUCACUCAGGGGCCUGGAAACAUCUGAGGGCAUGGAGUUGGACUCCCCUUCUCUAUUGUCGUCUUCUCUGCCCACAUCUGAGAAUGGAGGAUUUAAUGGCAGGGGGUUACGAUAGUAUCCUUCACUGCCUGCCCACGGGUCAUUAAUUUGGGUCGUCCACAUGUCGUGAGCCACGGACCCCUUGCCGAGCUCAGACCUCACGUUCCCACGAGCAGUACCCCACGAGGAGGUGUCUCGGGGACGAACUCAAGUACUCCGAACGUUCUGGAGCCCUGGUAAGUUCUACUGAACUUCCAGCCCAGUCUCAAAGUGAAGGGUGUGAUGCAAAUACAUACAUAAACAUAUAUAAAGGAAACUUGCAUAACUAAUCAACGCUAAUCAACGCUGCGCCUCCUGAUGGGAACACCGAGAACGAGAACGAGAUGAGUCCUCUUCAAGGUCAAGCAAAUGGAAAUGUCACUCAGGGGCCUGGAAACAUCUGAGGGCAUGGAGUUGGACUCCCCUUCUCUAUUGUCGUCUUCUCUGCCCACAUCUGAGAAUGGAGGAUUUAAUGGCAGGGGGUUACGAUAGUAUCCUUCACUGCCUGCCCACGGGUCAUUAAUUUGGGUCGUCCACAUGUCGUGAGCCACGGACCCCUUGCCGAGCUCAGACCUCACGUUCCCACGAGCAGUACCCCACGAGGAGGUGUCUCGGGGACGAACUCAAGUACUCCGAACGUUCUGGAGCCCUGGUAAGUUCUACUGAACUUCCAGCCCAGUCUCAAAGUGAAGGGUGUGAUGCAAAUACAUACAUAAACAUAUAUAAAGGAAACUUGCAUAACUAAUCAACGCUAAUCAACGCUGCGCCUCCUGAUGGGAACACCGAGAACGAGAACGAGAUGAGUCCUCUUCAAGGUCAAGCAAAUGGAAAUGUCACUCAGGGGCCUGGAAACAUCUGAGGGCAUGGAGUUGGACUCCCCUUCUCUAUUGUCGUCUUCUCUGCCCACAUCUGAGAAUGGAGGAUUUAAUGGCAGGGGGUUACGAUAGUAACGCAACUAAUUAAAAAAAAACCAGAUUUAUCUUUUUUUGCUUUUUCCUUAAUAUACACUGAUGAUAGGUUUUUGGAUUCAAUUUUUGUUCUGCAUUAAGAAAUUCAAUAAAUCUAUUUAAUUCA